AUGACAAACGAAUUGAAGAGCAAAAGAAGACGACUGUCAGAAAGUGGCAGCUUUCAGCCAGAGGAACCAGAAGUGAUGGCUUCAACUCAGAAUGAGUCCACGGAUGAUCCCGCCCCCGAAACACCGGCGAAACAGCAGAUGAGAAGAGAGCUCUUCGUGCGCUCGCUUCCAGCCUCAGCGACGACCGAAAGUCUGACCGAGUUUUUCUCGCAAUCCUACGUGCUGAAACAUGCAACUGUCGUUGUUGAUCCUAAAACGCAGCAGUCCAAGGGCUAUGGUUUCGUGACCUUUGCCGACAUCGAAGAUGCCCAGCGCGCAUUGGAGGAAUUGAACGACGCCGAGUUCGAAGGCCGAAAAAUAAAAGUUGAGGUUGCACAGCCGCGUAAGCGUGAGAUUGGCGAAAAUGAUGGUAAAAGUGUGCCUACUGCGGAAUCCGCCAGGUUGAAGGAAGAGCGGAACCGUCAGAAAGAACAGAAUCUGCCUCCCAAGCUGAUUGUACGAAACCUUCCGUGGUCUAUCAAGGAACCUGACCAAUUGGCUGUGCUUUUUCGCAGUUUUGGAAAGGUCAAGCAUGCGGUUGUGCCAAAGAAGGGUAAUGAACAGGCGGGUUUUGGAUUCGUUGUCUUGCGGGGUAGGAAAAAUGCGGAGAAAGCACUUGAGGCUGUGAAUGGAAAGGAGGUUGAUGGGAGAACUCUGGCGGUGGAUUGGGCAGUCGAAAAAAGUGUUUGGGAGAAAGCUGCAGAAAAGGAUACAGAUGGAGAUGCAAUUCAGGUGGACACAGCACAGGAGGAAACUAGCGGUGAUGAGGAGGAGGAUGGCAACGAAUUUGUGGAGACAGGUACAGAUGAGGAGGGCAGCGAGGAGGAGGAGCUCGAUGAGGAUGAUGUGGAUAUGGAAGACGAAGACGAGGAGGAUGAAGAGGAGAAAGGUGAUGUCGAGGAUGAUCGAAAUGCUUCGACUAUUUUCAUUCGCAAUCUCCCAUUCACCAGCGACGAUGAGACACUAUAUGAACAUUUUAAGCAAUUUGGAGCAAUCCGAUAUGCUCGCAUUGUUGUAGAUCCCGAAACAGAGCGCCCACGAGGAACAGGCUUUGUAUGCUUCUGGAAUGUCGAGGAUGCAAUCGCGUGCAUCAAGGGAGCCCCCAAGCAGAUUGAAAAUGAAAAAGAAGAUUCUCACUCCAAAAAGGCAGCUUCAGGCGUUAAGCAUUCCGUUUUACAGAAUGAGAUGAUGGAUCCUACUGGAAAAUACACCAUGGAAGAUCGGGUCUUGAACCUUUCUCUAGCCGUUUCAAAAACCAGGGCUGACAAACUGAGAGACGAGGGCGUAUCGCGGCGGUUCGCACAAGACAGGGACAAGAGGCGAUUAUACUUACUGAACGAGGGUACCAUUCCGUCCAACUCUGCGGUGUACAAAAAGUUAGCACCGUCUGAGAUCAAAAUGAGAGAAGACAGUCUCAAGCAACGCCAAAAUCUCAUCAAAAACAAUCCCACCCUCCACCUCAGUCUCACCCGUCUAUCAGUCCGCAAUAUCCCACGAUCAGUCACCUCCAAGGAUCUCAAAGCUCUCGCUCGAGAAGCCAUUGUUGGAUUCGCCAAAGACGCAAAGGAAGGACGUCGUCAGCCCUUGUCACCUGAGGAAAUACACCGUGGCUCUGAGGAGACGAAAGAGGACGACAAGCGCCGACGAGAGAAAGGCAAAGGUCUCGUGAAGCAAACCAAAGUCGUCUUCGAGAGCAGGGACGGUGGCAAGAUCGAAGAGAAAACUGGCGCAGGUCGCAGCCGUGGCUAUGGAUUCAUCGAAUACUUCAACCACCGCCAUGCGCUCAUGGGUCUACGAUGGCUCAAUGGACAUGUUGUGCUGGCAAAGUCUGCUGAUGGUGAAGCGGAGAAAAAGAAGCGACUGAUUGUUGAAUUCGCCAUUGAAAAUGCGCAAGUCGUUCAGCGAAGAAAGGAGUACCAGGAGAGGGCGCGCAAUGGCAAAAAAGCAGACGAGGAAGAUGUGGAUGGUGGAAACAAGAGCAACAAAAGAGGAACCAAAAGGAAGAGGCCGGAGAGUCGAACCGCCGACAAGAGAGGAGGUAAGCCAAAGGUUACAAAGGGAGAAGCAAAAGAAGAAAACGGCGAAAACGACGAGGAACGAAACAAGAUUGCUAAGAGGAACAGAAUCAUCUCCCGGAAGCGUCAACAAAGGAGACAGCGCAAGGCUUGA